UUUUUACAAGACAUGAGUUGUUCGUCGCGAGAACGCGGCGUAGGCUACAGAGCCGUAUUCGCGUACGCAUCGCGGCGUUCCCCGCAAUGAAAGUAAACGAAGUGGUUCGCAAGUAGGCUACUAAUAAGUGCCUGACGGUUUUCAUGUCUGCAGGGCAGGGUUUAGUUUAGUUGGCUCACUGUCACACACAGAUGUGACUCUUUACCCUACACAACAGCGUGACGACCAAAAUCCAGACUAUAAUUCACUCACGUUGUAGGCUACUCGGAAGGCAGAGCAGAUCGACUGUGGAGUAAAAUAUAAGACGUAUUUCAGCAAAGCGACGGUGAACGCUCCGAACUCCCAGAAAUCGCUCGAAUCGUCUGUUUUCCAGUCUGCUGUGCUUCAGCACAGUAAGCAUUUUAAACGCAAGCGAAGAGAGGGAGCUGACCGCGGGGCGAAAGAUUCCUCUUUCCUCCCCAGGUGUACAAGAACUUGCUGUUUCUGAAAAGGGACACCAAUAACAGCACACUUUUUCUUCUGUCAGCGCAUUCCCUCCACACUUUUGCGUUUCAGGAUUUGGGAAAGGGGACAGCUGUGCUUUCAGAUCCUACCGUGUAUCACAAGGAACGUCUUCAUGCAUGAUACCAACCACUAAGAAUUCCGGAAAAAAAUCCAAGCUAAGGAAGACGUGAUUCGGUGUAGCGUAUUAAAGUAAUAAAACUGCCAUUUCGACUGCGAUUCAGCAGUGCGGUCCGGGACAUCUUCAGACUUUUCAAUCCCCCCUGAGAUUGAAAGGGGGGGAGAAAAAACUUCCCCGCUUGAGGGCGAAAUCAGACUUUUGGGGACGGCAAGUUCGAAAGCCUUAGGACCUGGUGUCUUCCUGCAACAUGCAGACAUGUCAGAAGAGGCAGACGCGGAUGUGAGAGACAGAGACGCGGCCGGAGACAGAGAGCACGAGAGGGCACGAGACAGCGCUCGCAGAGCCACCAGCCGUCUAAACUCCAUGCAGUUCGGCACAAGACCGGCAAGUGCUGAGCCAGGCUUCCUGGGGACAUGGCAACAGAACACUGACAGCAACCUCCUCUUCAGAAUGUCCCAGCAGGCCAUCCGCUGCACUCUAGUGAACUGCACCUGCGAGUGUUUUCAGCCGGGCAAGAUCAACCUGAGGACAUGUGACCACUGCAAGCACGGCUGGGUAGCCCACGCGCUGGACAAGCUGAGCACGCAGCACCUGUACCACCCCACGCAGGUGGAGAUCGUGCAGUCCAACGUGGUGUUCGACAUCAGCAGCCUGAUGCUGUACGGGACGCAGGCGGUGCCCGUCCGCCUCAAGAUCCUGCUGGACCGGCUCUUCAGCGUCCUGAAGCAGGAGGAGGUUCUGCACAUCCUGCACGGCCUGGGCUGGACCCUGCGGGACUACGUCCGGGGAUACAUCCUGCAGGACGCUGCGGGCAAGGUGCUGGACCGCUGGACCAUCAUGUCCCGGGAAGAGGAGAUCAUCACCCUGCAGCAGUUCCUCCGCUUCGGCGAGACCAAGUCCAUCGUGGAGCUGAUGGCCAUCCAGGAGAAGGAGGGUCAGGCGGUCACCGUGCCCUCGUCCAAGGCCGACUCCGACAUCAGGACUUUUAUCGAGAGCAGCAACCGGUCCCGGAGCCCCAGCCUGCUCACGCACCUGGAGAACAGCAGCCCCUCCAGCAUCCACCACUUUGAGAACAUCCCCAACAGCCUGGCCUUCCUGCUGCCCUUCCAGUACAUCAACCCGGUCUCCGCCCCCCUGCUGGGGCUCCCGCCCAACGGGCUGAUGCUGGAGCAGCCGGGGCUCCGCCUCCGCGAGCCCGGCCUGCCCAAUCAGAGCGAGCCGGUGGACAGCAGCGAGUCGGAGGUGUCGCUCUCGCCCUUCCGCAACGGGCAGAGCCCCAGCCGGGGGGGCGGGGCCAACAGCGUGUCCAACGUGGUGGAGCCCAAGUCAGAGCCCGCCAGCGCCUCGCCCAUCUCCCCGACGCCGUCCUCCCAGACGCCCCAGCAGCAGCAGGCUCCGCCCCCGCCGCAGCCGCACCAGCAGCCCCCGUCCGGCGGCCUGGGCGACUCGCACCCCCACCACCCCCACCCGCACCCGCACCACCACCACCCGCACCACCACCUGCUGAAGAGCGAGCAGUCCAAGAGCAUCACCACCAGCUCGUCCUUCUCCUCCAAGAUGCACCGCAUGCGACGCAUGGGCGCCACCUCCCGCAAGGGGCGCGUCUGCUGCAACGCCUGCGGCAAGACCUUCUACGACAAGGGCACGCUGAAGAUCCACUACAACGCCGUGCACCUGAAGAUCAAGCACCGCUGCACCAUCGAGGGCUGCAACAUGGUGUUCAGCUCGCUGCGCAGCCGCAACCGACACAGCGCCAACCCCAACCCCCGGCUGCACAUGCCCAUGCUGCGCAACAACCGCGACAAGGACCUGAUCCGCUCCGGCGGCAGCGGCACGCCCGUCAUCUCCAGCGCCAAGAGCGGCCUGACCCUCACCAGCCCCGGCCGGCCGCCCCUGGGCUUCGCCACCCCGCCCCUGGACCCCAUGCUGCAGUCGUCCCUCCAGAACCCGCUGGUGUUCCCCUCCCUGAAGUCCGUGCAGCCCGUGCAGCCCGUCCCGCCCUUCUACCGCACCCUCCUGUCCCCGGGCGACCUGGUCAGCCCGCCCGUGUCCCUGCCCACCAGCCCCUUACUGCCCCCCUCCGUCAACGCCGCGCCGCUGAUGGAGCACCAGGGCCCCGCCCCCGGCUCCCACAACCCCCUGGUGUCCGAGGCGGGGCCCGUGAGCCACCGGCUGCCCAACCCCGCGGCCCCGGACCCCGUGGCGGACCCCAUGCCCAAGAAGAAGCCCCGCAAGUCCAGCAUGCCGGUGAAGAUCGAGAAGGAGGUGAUCGACGUGGCGGACGGGUACGACGAGAAGGACGAGGAGGACGAGGAGGCGGGGCGGCCUCUGAACGGGUUGCCCGGCAACCAGGGCUGCCACCCGCAGUACCCGCAGCUGCACCGCACCAACAGCAACAACAACAACAACAACACCACCCACGGCAAUGGCAGCGGGGGCAGCUGCCACCAGUCGCCGUCCCAGGACGAGAUGAGCCCCGGCCUGAAGGCCAUGCUGCGGGGGGAGCGGGAGGGCUCCGCAGGGGAGCUGCGCUGCAUGGACAGCUUCACCUCCGAGGACCAGGACCACGAGCGCGACUUCGACAACGAGUCCGAGACCUCCGAGUCCAAGAUGUGCUGCGGGGACGAGAUGAUGGACCACGAGGACCACCGGCACCUGGGCGGGCUGGACCGCGACCUGGACCGCGACCGCGACCGCGACCGGGACCUGGAGGAGGCCCAGCUGAGGAAGGAGAUGGAGGAGAAGAACCACUCCCUGCCCUCCCCGCACCAGCCCGUCAUCAAGAUCAAGGAGGAGCUGAGCGACCCCACCUACGACAUGUUCUGCAUGAGCCAGUACGGACUGUACAACGGCGUGGGCGGCAUGGCGGCGGCCGCCGCGGCCGCCAGCAUGGCCGCCCUGCACGAGAGCUUCGUCUCCUCCAUGAGCUACGCCGCAAGCCCCCCGAAGUUCUCCUCGCACUCCUCCGAGGGGGAGCUGUGCUCCAGCCCCGACCCCAAGAUCUGCUACGUCUGCAAGAAGAGCUUCAAGAGCUCCUACAGCGUGAAGCUGCACUACAGGAACGUGCACCUGAAGGAGAUGCACGUGUGCACCGUGGCCGGCUGCAACGCCGCCUUCCCCUCGCGACGCAGCCGAGACAGGCACAGCGCCAACAUCAACCUGCAUCGCAAACUGCUGACCAAAGAGCUGGACGACCUGGUGCUGGACCCGCACCACUCCCCCCUCCCCCGGGACCUGCGUGACGACUUCCUGUCCAAGCUGUACGGCGGCCCCCACCUGGGGCUGGAGGGGGUGAUGGGGGUGGGCGGGUCCGGGCGGCGGGGGCUGGGGCUGGGGCGCGAGGACAUGGGCUCCCCGACGGGCGCUGAGUACCCCCACGCCAACGGGUACUGCCGGCUGCCGCCGGACGAGUACAUGGUGCUGGACCUGAGCGCGGCGUCCAGCGCGCCCUCCAGCGCCCAAUCCAGCGGCAGCGUGCACUCCUCGCCCGAGUCGGACGAGUGCAGCGACGAGGGCAUCCUGCUGGACGACCCCGAGGGCGCCAGCGACGCCGAGGACUGCUCCCAGAGGGCCGAGGGGCUGGGCGCGGACGGGACGGAGGCGGGGGGCGGCGGCGGCCGCGGGGACGGCGGCAGGGACGACGGCGACGGGCGGGGGGGCGAGGGGCCGCCCCACGAGUCCCCCGCCUCGCUCUCGACCCCCGGCGCCGCCGCGGCCAACGGGGGCAUCCUGUGCAACAUCUGCCACAAGCUGUACAGCAACAAGGGGACCCUGCGGGUGCACUACAAAACGGUGCACCUGCGCGAGAUGCACCGCUGCAAGGUGCCCGGCUGCAACAUGCUGUUCUCCUCCGUGCGCAGCCGCAACAGACACAGCCAGAACCCCAACCUGCAUAAAAACGUGCCCUACGCGGCCAUGCUCGACUAACCCCCC